AUGUACUUUAGCAAAGAGUCACAGUUUCAGCAUCUAUUUCACAGCAAAUUCGAAGAGACGCUGAAGAUUACACCGACUGCAUUCCUCAUCAACCACACAGUGUUGGUGGAGGACGAUUGCGAGCUGUGGUUUGUCGUCAAUGGAGUGCCCAUCAGGUACUCCAUCGUGGAGCACACCCUGAUAUCAGGAUUGAAAUGCGGUGAAUAUCCGCCAGGGUGGGAGUACAAAAGGAAACAUAAGUUUAGACUCAAGAUGUUUGGGAAUCGAAAAGUGUCUAAGCAAAACGUUCUUAGACAACUUGAGAAGACACCAAUCACUAAGGUCGCUGAUCGGAAGGAAUUGGUCACAGUGAUGAUACUCGGAGGGAUCCUAGACCAUGGCACCACAGAAGAGAGUAUCAACAAAUCGGAAGAAAUUGGUCACAGUGAUGAUACUCGGAGGGAUCCUAGACCAUGGCACCACAGAAGAGAGUAUCAACAAUGA